AUGGAUUUGGCGCGUAUUGAUGGUGUGAUACCAUAUAUAUCACAACAACAACUGGAAUUAUUUCUUGGCAGUGCAGAUAUUUUCGAAACCAAUAUAUUACUGAAAAUCAAUUCAUUGAGAAUAUCAGUAAGUUUUCCUUGUUCAGAUAGCAUAGAUUUGCUGCGAAAUGAAGAUAUCAAAAAUUCCAGCAAAUAUAAUGCUACCUUUUUGGAUGUUCAACCCAUGCUUCUACGAGGUGCUUUCAAUGAUGCACAGCUAACAAAAACAAAGAUUUGCUUUUUAUUUCUGCAAAACCAAAAAUCUACUCUAAUAUUUGAAAACGUCACGAAAAAGACACCCUCGGUUGUUUUUAUAAUUCAGAAAUACGAAGUGUUGCCGGCAAAUAACCUUAUCUAG